AUGUCGUCGCGGUUCUUUCACGGAGGCGACUCCGAUAGCGAGAGCAGUUCCUCGGAAGAGGAAGAACUCUACAGUGAUCGCGAGGAAGAAUCUGAAGAAGAAUCCGCAGAAGAAGAAGAGGAAGAGGAGUCAGAGGAAGAGUCCAGCGAAGAUGAAGGUCGUGGUAUGGGUGCGAGCCGCUUCCUGAAGCCUUCAGGACCUGGCGGCGACGAAUCCGACGAGAGCGAAGACGAGGAUCGUGAGAGAGUGGUCAAGAGUGCGAAGGAUAAGAGAUUUGAAGAAUUGGAGAACACGAUCAGGACAAUUGAGAAUGCUGAGAAGAUCAACGACUGGGCUGUCGUGUCUUCAGAGUUUGACAAAAUGAACCGACAAGUUGUCAAAGUCACUCAACAAGGUGCCACUCCGAAACUCUACAUUAAGAUGAUUGCCGAUCUCGAGGACUUGAUCAAUGAAACGAACGACAAGCAGAAAUCCGGUGCAAAGAAGAUGAAUCCCAUCAAUGCAAAGGGGUUCAAUGCCAUGAAACAAAAGAUCCGGAAGAACAACAAAGAGUACAUUACUGAGAUCGAGAAAUACCGAGCAAACAAGGAGGAAUUCAUGGAGUCGGAUGAGGAAGAGCCCCUGGAAGUGGAACAGAGGACACGCAAGAACAAGGUUCAGAGACUCGACGCUAUUGAAGCUGCCAUAGAUGAAGAAGGCUUUGCAACGGUCGGCAGAGGUGGCAAGGCUCUCGUCUACACACCGGAGAGUAUCUUGAAACAUCUCCGCACAAUCAUCGAGUCACGGGGAAAGAAGAACACGGACCGGUCUGAGCAGAUCCGCAUCAUGGAGAGACUUUUGGACGUUGCCAGCACACCAUAUCAACGGAUACGGGUUCUCUUGACCUUGAUCUCGACAAGGUUUGAUGUCACCACAUCCUCGGUCCAGGCCUACAUGUCCCAAGAGUCGUGGCGAUCCGCAGAACGUGAAUUUUCAACUUUACUGCAAACGCUGGAAGAUGAGCCUCAGUACAUGGUGACUGAGGUCGCCGAAGAAUGGGAAGAUGAUGAGAAACAACCCAACCCUGCCGCAGGCGAGAUUUUCAAGAUUCCUGGCAGCGUUGUAUCCCUCGUCGAGCGACUGGAUGACGAAUUGACACGCUCCCUCCAACAAACUGACCCUCACACAGCCGAAUACAUCGAGAGACUUAGCGAUGAGCAGCUCUUGUACACCGACAUUGUGCGUACGCUCAUUUAUAUCGAAACCAUCAACAAGAAACUGGACAAGUCCGAGGGCAAGCAAGACAACAUCAACCGCACGACCAUCCGACGGCUGGAGCACAUCUACUUCAAACCCACGCAGGUGGUCAAGAUCCUGGAAGAGAAGACCUGGGGCGCCAUUCCGUCUUCCCUAAACUCCGAACUCACUCCACGAGGCAAAUUUACCGAAGUUGCCACGCUUGUGCAGACGCUCUGCAACCAUCUGUUCGAGCACAGCGAGGGCAUCAUUCGUGCGCGUGCCAUGCUCUGCGAGAUCUACUUCCUGGCCCUCCAAGAUGACUACUACCGCGCCCGUGACCUUGCGCUGAUGAGCCACUUGACUGAGAAUAUUUCUUCCUUCGACGUGUCGACACAAAUCCUCUUCAACCGUACUCUAGUUCAAAUCGGUCUCUGCGCCUUCCGUGCAGGUCUUUGCUACGAAGCGCAAGGUGUCCUACAGGAGAUCUGCGGCUCUGGACGGCAGAAAGAACUCCUCGCUCAGGGUGUCAUCAUGCAACGCUACUCAACUGUCACGCCGGAGCAAGAACGCCUGGAGCGACAGCGUCAACUUCCUUUCCACAUGCAUAUCAACCUGGAGUUGCUUGAAUGUGUCUACCUGACCUGCAGCAUGCUGUUGGAAAUUCCGUUGCUGGCUCAGACCGGCUCAUCACCGGACGUUCGCAAGCGUGUCAUCUCCAAAACGUUCCGUCGCAUGCUCGAAUACACGGAGCGACAGGUGUUUCAGGGCCCGCCGGAAAACACACGAGACCAUGUCAUGCAAGCUGCCAAGGCUCUUGCCCAGGGUGAUUGGAAGAAAUGUCAGGACCUGAUCAGCAAAAUUGGCAUCUGGGACCUCCUUGGCCUCGAAAAUAAAGAAAAGGUCAAGAAGAUGCUGGCAGAACAAAUCCAAGAAGAAGGCCUCAGGACAUAUUUGUUCACUUACGCUCCAUAUUACGACACCCUGUCCAUCACCACUCUCUCCGGUAUGUUCGAACUCGACUCGAAGAAGAUCUCGGCGGUCGUGUCCAAGAUGAUUUCCCACGAAGAACUCGCCGCUGCUCUCGAUCAGGUCAAAGAUGCAAUUGUCUUCCGCAAGGGCGUGGAACUUUCGCGCCUGCAAAGCCAAGUCAUCACCCUCAGCGAAAAGGCGAUGGGUAUUCUGGAGUCGAACGAGAAGGUGCUCGAGACGAGAACCGCGGGUAUGGCCAAUGCGUUCUCAGCCCAAGGACAGAGAGGAGCAGGCCGCGGUGGAAGAACCGGAGGCAGGACCGGGUUGCCGGGUCUCCCGAGACAGGGACAGCAAGGAGCGCGGAGGCCCGGCGGGCAACAAUUCAGCGGAGGGGCGCUGGGCGGGGCGAUCAAGGCUUGA